AUGAACAGUCACACCUUGUACGGUUUGUACAAUUGCAGUGCCACGGUUCUCGAGCGCAAUAUCACGUUUUUGUUGAAGUUGAAUAGUAGCGAGCUGUUCAAGGUGUUGGAGGAUUCUCUCGAGAGAUCGCACGAACGCGACGUGUUGCUUAACGCGUUUUUCGACUGUUUCUCUGUCUAUCAGGAGCGUCCUUUCGAUCUACCGUGGUGGCAGAAACUUGUUUGGUCGGUUGUAUACGCCGCGAUGCUGCUGGUGGCGACGGGAGGCAAUAUUAUCGUCAUGUGGAUCGUUCUCGCACAUAGACGAAUGCGCACGGUUACCAAUUACUUUCUGGUCAAUCUCUGUGUGGCCGAUCUGAUGAUGUCACUGCUGAACUGCGCCUUCAACUUCAUCUUCUUGCUGGACUCCAAUUGGCCAUUCGGCGUUGUGUAUUGCACAAUUAACAAUUUCGUCGCCCACGUGACAGUCGCCUCGAGCGUUUUCACCCUGGUCGUUAUCUCUUUUGUCAGGUACAUGGCCAUCAUGAGGCCCCUGAAGCAUCGUAUAUCACGAAAGCUAACAGUGUUAAUUAUGAUUUUAAUAUGGGCAGUUGCUUCGACACUGGCUUUGCCGUGCCUCUUAUAUUCAACAACGAAAUCGAAGAGAUAUUCGAAUGGAAAGACUAGAAUUUCGUGUUACAUAUUGUGGCCAGACGGAGAUUACUUGCAUAGCAGAAUUGAGUAUUCAUACAACCUAGUAUUCCUCAGUGUGACAUACAUAAUACCGAUGACGGCAAUGGCGGCAUGUUACACACUCAUGGGCCGCAAGCUGUGGGGUUCUAAGUCCAUAGGAGAGCUCACGCAUUACCAGAAGAACUCGAUGAAAUCCAAACGCAAGGUCGUGAAAAUGUUCAUCACAGUCAUUGCAAUAUUUGCAGUUUGUUGGCUGCCCUAUCAAGGAUUUUUUAUUUUCGUUUAUCACCAUAGACAGUUCACAAAAAUUAGCUACGUUCAGCAUAUUUACUUAAGCUGUUACUGGCUUGCUAUGUCAAAUGCUAUGGUAAAUCCUAUCAUAUACUACUGGAUGAAUAGUAGGUUCCGAAUGUAUUUCCAAGUAAUAAUUUGCAAUUGCUGUUGCACAAUAAAUCAGGAAAAUGUUGGGAGACAUCAAAUGCAACAGUUGGUAGGAUGUCAACGAUCAGAUAAUAUUCCUUGCAACUCAGGACGUUUUAGAUCAACCUCAAUCCGCUGGAAACACAGCAUGGUCGACAGUCAGGUACAAAAUUUGCAGAUGCGAUCGAUUUACGAAAAACGCCGCUCCCAUCGAGAUGCUACAAUCGUCUGA